AUGGCGAACGCGACACCUCAAUUGCCCCUCGACGCCGACGGCGCGUGCAUGCUCUGCAAGGUGAAGCCGACGGAGGAGGCGACUCUGACGUGCGCCAUGUGCGCCACGCCGUGGCACGUCGAUUGCCUAUCCGUUCUCCCGGAGACCAUGUCCUCGGCGAUUAGUUUCGAGUGCCCCGAUUGCUCCGGAGACGGGCUCGCCGGAGGACCGGCUCCGUUGGAUCUGGAAAAGCAGGUUCUUUUCACGAAGAUCCGAGAAAUAGAGGCGGAUGUGUCCCUGUCGGAGAGGGAGAAGGCGAGGAGAAGGCAGGAGCUUUUGAGUGGAAAUGUAAAUGGGGAAAACGGUGAUGUGAAAGAGGAGAAGGAGAACGAUGUGCUGGGAGUGCUCGGAGAUAGCUUCAAGUGUUGCUAUUGCAUGGAGCUUCCUGAACGGCCUGUGACGACACCAUGUGGCCACAAUUUCUGCUUAAAAUGUUUCGAGAAAUGGAUGAAGCAAGGAAAGCGCAACUGUGCAAAGUGUCGGUGCAGCAUUCCAGCAAAAAUGGCAUCUCAACCGCGCAUCAACUCUGCCCUAGUGUCCGCCAUACGUAUGGCAAAACUGUCGAGAUCAAUAAGUUCUGGAGGGACUCAACAGGUUUACCGCUUUUUGCACAACCAAGACCACUCUUAUAGCCUGAGGUGCAAGCUUAGCGCAGACGCCACCAAUUCCUGCACUUCAAGUCCCUCCCUUCUUUCCUUCCUUCUUUCUUUUUUUUUUUCCUGUUUUUCCCUAAACAGUUCCAUCAGCUACAGCACUGCAUAUGAUCACUGUUGUCAAUCCUUACAAAAAUCAAUUUUAACCCUUUGUUUUAAUAGAUCUGAGAAAGACAAACGUUCUUCCUAUGCUCCUGAGAAGGGUUACCGAUAUGAUGGUGUCUACAGGAUCGAGAAGUGUUGGAGAAAAGCCGGAAAGCAGGGCUUCAAAGUCUGCAGAUAUUUGUUUGUGAGGUGUGACAAUGAGCCUGCACCAUGGACAAGUGACGAGCAUGGAGAUCGUCCAAGAGAGUUGCCAGUUAUUUCUGAGCUUAAAGGUGCUGUUGACGUUACUCAAAGAAAGGAAAGUCCCUCUUGGGAUUAUGAUGAGGUAGCAUGUUGCUGGAAAUGGAAAAGGCCACCACCCCAUAGCGAAGAAAAAGUAGUCAGCAUUAAUCCCAAGGACAGGGAGAAUGGAAUGAAGGUGAUAAGGAGAGCACAGGCUGUUUCAAUGAGAGAGAGACUGCUCAAAGGAUUCUGUUGCCUUGUAUGCAAGAACGUGAUGAAUCAGCCCCUCACGACUCCCUGCGCUCACAAUUUCUGCAAACCUUGUUUAGAAAAACAAUUUGCCGGGCAAACCUUUUCCAAGGAGAGGGUCUGCCACAAUGGGCGCAAACUUCGUUCACAGAGAAACAUAUUGAACUGCCCUGCAUGCCCCACCGAUAUAUCAGAAUUCCUCCAAAAUCCUCAGGUGAACAGGGAAAUCAAGGAUGUUAUUGAGAGACUGCAGUCGGAGAUUGCUAAGGAAGAGGAACUUAAAGGCUCAAACACCACCUCAGAGGAAGCAAAUGCUGGUGAAGAGAAGAAUGAUACAUUACCAGGGGAAAUAAUGGAGGUUAUUGAGAAACUGCAGUCGGAGACUGCUAAGGAAGAGGAAUAUAAGGACUCAAACACCACCUCAGAAGAAACAAAUGCUGGUGAAGAGAAGAAUGAUGAUACAUUGCCAGGGGCCGAUGUGGGUAAGAAAUCAAAUGAGCAAACAGAGGGGCAGCAUGGUGAAAGUAAUACCUUAAAGAGAAAAGGUAGUUCAUCGAGCCUCUCAAAUGAUAACGAAGAGAUUCACAAGAAAGCCAAAGUGGAUAAUGGGGAUGAAAGUGUACUCUCGUCAGAGGAGAAGCCAGAUGGCGACUGCAAUAAUGUGUUACAAGCCUCGGUAACUAAAAGGGGCCGUGGCAGGCCGAGAAAGGGAGAGCCAAAAUGCUGA